CACAUAUAUGAUUUCAAAUAUUUUCUCCCAUUCUAAGUUGAUCUUUACUUUUUUUUUUUUUUUUUUUGGCUGCCCUGUGUGGCUUGUGGGAUUGAGGAAUUGAGGAAGUGGAGGCUGCCAGUCUCUCAAGUCUCUUAAGGUCUGGGCCCAGACCAGAAACUAGCACCAGGUCACUCCACCAUAUCCUAUUGGUGAGAGCAGACGAAGAGCCCACUCACCCCAGAUUCAUGGGGAGGGGACACAGACCCCACCUCUCAAUGAAGGAAUGUCAGAGAAUUUGUGGCUAUUUUUAACUUAUCACUUAUGCUUAUAUUUUCUUAUCAAAAUUUAACAAAUACCUCUGGAACUAAUUUUAUUCUUUACUUUCCUGUAACACUGAGCAGAUUUGACCAAUUCUGUAUACAGUGAGAUGUUUGUUGGGCCAGAUGAGUUUGACUUCUUUCAAAUUGGAGUCAACACUGAAAUAACAUUUUGCUUCAAAGAACUGAAGGGAAUGCUGACAUUUUCAGAAGCUACACAUGCUCCUAUAGCCAUUCAUUUUGAUUUUCCUGGGAAACCCUUGGCUUUAAGCAUUGACGAUAUGUUAUUGGAAGCCAACUUUAUUUUGGCUACAUUAGCUGAUGAGCCAAGUAGAGCAUCUUCUCCACAAUCACUGUGUCUUUCACAAAAACGAAAAAGGUCAGAGCCGAUACAUUCAAAUUCAGAGGCUGGUAAAAACGUAACCAGCAAGGACGCAGAGUAUAUCUCGAGAAAAGCAGUACCCAAAAGGCUUUAUUCUGAGACUCGCACGAACAUCUCUUCAUUGGAAAACUGUGGCAGCCCUUUAACAGAAGGAGCAAACGGAGACAUUAGUGAAGUACCAGAAAGCAGUGUCAGUGACACGGAGGAAGUGCCAGGAUCUUCAGAUCUCAGGAAGUUUUCUUGCAUGUUCUUUGGAGCAGUUUCUUCUGACCAACGAGAACACUUCAACCACCCUUUCCACAGUCUGGCAACAGCAAGUGACAGUGAAGAGGACGUGAAUAAUGGCAGUUUUUCCACAUUCUAACACUUAAUGAUGGCUGAGCUCGCCCCCCCACCCAUUUACUGGCUCACUUGCACUUCAAACACAUUUUCAUACUUAAGCCUAUGAAGAUAUUGUCUUGGAUUUCCUUGAAAUGGAUAAUGGGCUGCUGGUUUUCUAAACAUCUUCUUAUACAACAACCAUAUCUGGAAAUAGCUGCUUGCCAAGUAAAUGUAAUCUGCUUUAAAUCCAUUAUGCUUCUUGGGAGGGAGAAGAGUUUUCUGUGCAGGGAAAAAGCUCGUUAGAAUUCUUCAAUUCA